AUGAUUGAAAGUAAUGCACUGCGAUUCGAAGCAUAAAUGUAGUCUUCUUAAGGGUUCAAGAAUGAAAAACCUACGAAUGAAUAAAUAGAGGAAUUGAUGGAUCAUUUGGAUCAAGAACAUGAUAGUGAAGACGAGGGAAUGGAAGACUACAAAAUAGGAGGAUAUCAUCCAGUUCAUAUUGGAGAGGUGCUACUAAAUAGAUAUGUGGUUAUAUAAAAGUUAGGAUGGGGACACUUCUCCACUGUGUGGUUGGCUAAGGAUUUUAAAUAUGAAACUUAUGUGGCUUUAAAAAUUUAGAAGAGUGCUUCUCAUUAUUUGGAAGCUGCAUAUGAUGAAGUUGAAAUUCUCUAAAAGGUUGCAUAGAAUGUAUAGAAUCCAGUGUGGAUACAAUCACUAAAGGAGUAUUAUGCAGAUUAAGGAAGAACUUCAUUCAACAGAGAUGAUACUCACACUGUUUAAUUAUUGAAUUCUUUUGUCUACAAGGGACCUUAUGGUCAUCAUUUUUGUAUGGUAUUUGAGAUAUUGGGUGUCAAUCUAUUAGAGAUCAUUAAACGAUUUGAAUAUAAAGGAUGUCCUAUGGAUAUUGCCAGGAGAAUGGCUAAAUAGAUUUUGAUUGGAUUAGAUUAUUUACAUAGAAUUUGUGGUGUCAUCCAUACAGACUUAAAACCUGAGAACGUUCUAUUGUGUUUAUCUGAUGAGGAGAUUAAAGAUAUAGUAGAAAAUGGAUAAUUAACAUCAAAUCAACUAUUCUCAGAUAGAAUCCAUAUCUACAGAUAGAUGUUAGGAAUAGUAGAAGACAAACCAGUAGUUGAAGAGAAAAAGGUUGUUUAGAAACAGGAGGAAGAUGAUGUAGAUUCAUAAUCCACAAAUUUAACAAAGACUUAGAAGAGAAAAUUAUUGAGAAAAAAAAAGUAAUAACAAUAGUAAGAAACACAAUAAAACGAAUUUAUAAUCGGACGUGAUGAACAAACAUUACAAGAAAGGCCUAAAUCCAUAAAAGAAUUAUUUUAAUAGCAAAAUAAGAUUUCAUUUACUUAACAAAAGAAAUUGCCAGACAAUUUUCGUUUGAAAAUAGCAGAUCUUGGUAAUGCCUGUUGGAUACAUCAUCAUUUCUCAACAUUAAUAUAAACUAGAUAGUAUCGAUCACCUGAAGUGUUGUUGGGAGUCAAAUAUAAUCCAACUGCAGAUAUCUGGAGUUUUGCUUGCAUGAUAUUUGAAAUGCUCACAGGAGAUUAUCUGUUUGAACCCAGAUAAGGCCCAAACUUUUCAAAAAAUGAAGAUCAUUUAGCCUAAAUUUAAGAGUUGUUAGGAAAGUUUCCUUAUGAAUAUUGCACAAGAGGUGCAAAAGCUAAAAGGUACUUUACUAGCAAUGGACAAAUGAAAAGAAUUCCAUAAUUGCACUUUUGGAGUUUAUUCAAUGUAUUAACUGAGAAAUAUAGAUUCAAAUAAGAAGAAGCAUUAUCUUUUGCUUCUUUUAUGAUGCCCAUGUUACAUUAAUUACCAGAAUAUAGAACUACUGCUUAAGAGGUGUUGCAGAGAGAAUUAUGUUCCAAAAAUUUAGAUGAUCUUUAAAGAAGGGCUCAGUUGAAGAAAUAUAUAGAUCAGAUAUUUGCGUUCUAGAAUUUCAGAAAUAAUAUUCCAAAUUCUGGUUGGUUAUAGUCCAAGACUGAUUCAUAGAUCGGACAUAAAAUGAAUGAAGAUGAGUUUAAGAAAUAUAAUAAAUAAAAGAAGGCUAAUGAAGAGGUGGAACAAUUUGAUUAGAAUAUUGAAGGAAUUCAACCCACUCUAUUGUCAAAUUAUCGAAGAGCAUCAACUAGGUCUUAUGAUGGAUCGAAUUCAUAAACUCCUUAACAAGACAAAGCAGUAAGAAAGGAGGGAAAAUACGUGGAUCAUAGAGUGAUUGACAGAUCAUUUACAGAUUUAGGAUAUAUAGGAUACGGAGAUGGAAUUGACUUAGAAUAAUUAGACAGUACAGGAAAUUGGUAGUUUAGUUGA